CCGACUUCAGGGUAAACGGGGCACAGACCUCCAUGCGAAAAUCCGCCAAGAGACUCGGAGGUAUGCUCUGCCUCGUGACCGCUCACAAUCUCCGGCGCGCGGGUUCCGCGAGAUUGCUGGUGUUACCUGUAUUGCAACGACUGCCAGGCCGAACACAUAAGAGCGCUCGCUGUGCUUGAUCCGCCCAAUCGUAACUCAUCCAUCGAGGACUCAGAGCCAAACAGUCGUCAUGGAUUCUCUUGCGGACCUCCAGGACCCUGCCAUCUUCGAACGUAACCGCCUCCCUCCUCGUGCCUACUUCCUUCCCGACUCCGAUCACUGCCAACUCCUCUCCGGCACCUGGAAAUUCAACUACUCCUCAACUCCAGCGCAUGCUCUCGCUCUCGACUCCUCGUCCAAAUGGGACAACAUUCAGGUUCCAGGAAUGUGGCAGCUACAGGGUUAUGGAGCGCCUCAGUACACGAACGUAAAGUUCCCGUUCCCGGUUGAUCCGCCCUUUGUACCGACGGAGAAUCCGACUGGCACGUAUGAGCGCACAUUCACGAUCCCGGAUGUCUGGUCCGGAUCCCACAUUCGUGUUCGAUUCGAAGGGGCUGAUUCAGCGUUUCACAUUUUGAUCAAUGGAAGACAGGUCGGAUAUUCGCAAGGAUCGCGUAACGCUGCGGAGUUCGACAUAACGCCAUUUGUCCACGCCGGCACCAACACAAUUAGGGUAAGGGUGUAUCAAUGGUGCGAUGGGAGUUAUAUCGAAGACCAAGAUCAGUGGUGGCUCAGUGGAAUCUUCAGGGAUGUGUACGUACUGAGCUGGCCCACCAAAGCUCGCAUUGAGGAUUUCAAGUGUGAAACGGCAUUUGUUGGUGAGGGGUAUGGUGAUGCGGAGCUCAGCACCACGCUUGACAUUUUGGCAAAAACGGACGCGACGGUCAAGAUGAAGUUGUAUGAUGGUAAGAUGAUUAUUGGGAAGGAUGAGAUCGAGGUAUCCGUCUCUCAGAUGCAUUUGCCGAAGACUUCAACUAUCGCGGUUCAAGCACCGAAGCACUGGACAGCGGAAACCCCAUAUCUUUACACUUUGGUCAUCACCAUCUCAGCCGAUAACUCCACCCUUCAAACAAUCACCCAGAAAAUCGGAUUCCGCCAAGUGGAGAUGCUAGACGGCCUGAUUUCAGUCAACGGCUCCCCUAUCCACUUCCGCGGCGUAAACCGCCACGACCAUCACCCAUCCCACGGCCGCACCGUCCCCCUCGAUUUCACGCGAAGGGAUUUGUUGCUGAUGAAGAUGCAUAACAUCAAUGCUGUUCGGACUUCGCAUUAUCCGAAUGAUCCGAGGUUCUAUGUCAUGUGCGAUGAACUUGGGUUUUGGGUGAUUGAUGAAUGUGAUCUGGAAUGCCAUGGAUUUGAUGAUGCCGUUGUCAGGCCGAUCGAUAUCGAGGACAAGUUGCGGGACCAACAUCCAGGGUUGUUGGAGGAGGGUAAUUGGUGGGCAAUUCACGACAAACGUCAAGACAUUGUGUUUGGAGAGGCGACAAAGUAUACGAGUGAUAACCCGGAGUGGGAAGCCGCGUACGUGGAACGCAUGAAACAACUCGUCCACCGCGACAGAAAUCACGCUUGUGUCAUCAUAUGGUCCCUCGGUAACGAAUCAUUCUUCGGGCAGAAUCAUGUGAAGAUGGCGGAGUGGGCAAAGGAAUAUGAUUCGACAAGGUUGGUGCAUUAUGAAGGGGAUAAGGGUGGGGAGGUGGUUGAUAUGUGGUCGUAUAUGUAUGCCCCGAUUCAGUUUCUGGAGGAGAGGAGCAAGGAGGAGGGAUGGAAAAGAUCUAUCAUCCUGUGCGAGUAUUCGCAUGCGAUGGGUAAUGGACCUGGUGCGCUCGAGGAAUACCAAGAAGCGUUCCGGAACAACAAGAGGUUGCAAGGUGGUUUCGUCUGGGAAUGGGCCAAUCACGGACUCUUGACCAAGAAUGAGAAGGGUGAGGAGUAUUUUGGGUAUGGAGGUGAUUUUGGGGAGAAGGUUCAUGAUGGGAAUUUCGUGAUGGAUGGGUUGUUGUUUUCGGAUCACACGCCGCAGCCGGGGUUGUUGGAGUAUAAGAAGGUGAUUGAGCCGGUUAAAUGUCAGUUGCUUGAUGAUGGCAAGGUCGAGGUUACGAACUACUACGACUUCAUCAGUCUGGAUCACUUGGUGGCUGAGUGGAAGGUAACGAAAUGCGAUUUGGGUGAGAAGAAGGAGGUGGAGGUUGGGUCUGGGUUUGUUGAGAUUCCAGAAAUUAAUGCGAGGGAGAGUGGAGAUAUUGAGGUGCCGUACAGGACAGAGGGAUCUACGGACAGCAGUCUUUACCUCGCGCUUACCUUCAGGAACAAGCACGACACGAUCUGGGCUCCGAAAGGGUUUGAGGUUGCCUGGUUCCAAGCAGAACUCAACGAACCUACCCUGCGUUCGCUCGUUCCCGUCCAAGCUCAGCCAGCGUCUGAGCUGUCCGUCCAAGAGACUGCGCUGUCUAUCACGAUCUCCGGUCAAACCUUUGAUAUCUCGUUUGACCGCGUGUACGGCGCUCUGACAUCCUGGACCUCCCACGGUCAGUCCAUUCUCGCCAACGACGGAAGCCCUAAGCUUGGCUUUUGGCGUGCUCCCACCGAUAAUGACAUCCCCGGUGAUGCCAAACACUGGACCUUGUUUGGUUUAGAUAUGAUGACACAACAGGUUCGCUCGGUUGAGCUCAAAUAUGGAGCUGACAAGGCUACAAUUCUGGUGAAGUCCUGGGUCUCACCGCCGAUUCUGGCGUGGGGAUUCAAGGUGACACAGACCUAUGAGAUCCACUCCUCUGGCCUCGUAAUGAUUGAGAACAUUCUCACCCCACGCGGCUCCGUUCCCAAGUCUCUUCCACGUAUCGGCCUCGACGUACUCCUUUCCAAGGAUUACGUUGACGCUACAUGGCAUGGUCGGGGACGCGGUGAAUCUUACCCAGACAAGAAAACGGCUGCCAAGUUUGGUGUCCACAACAAGCCAGUUUCGGAGCUGUAUACUCGCUACGAGAAACCACAGGAGUCUGGUAACAGGACAGACACGCACUGGGAGCACCCGUUCGACUUCACUGCUUUGCAUUAUACACCGGAGCAGUUGACCGCUGCCAAGCAUCCCUAUGACUUGAAGCCUAUGAAGGAGGUCAAUCUGUGCCUUAACGCGAAGGUUCAUGGAUUGGGAACGGAGAGUUGCGGACCGGGUGUUUUGGAGAAGUACAUCCUUAAGUGUGAGCCGACGCAGUUUACCGUCGAAUUCUUCCCUCAAUAGAUCUCGGCGUGUGGAUCUAUCUUGAUCUAGUUAAUACCCAAU